AUGGCACCCGAGACGAAACCUACGGAAAAAAUACAUCAAAUUGCGGCACCAUCAAAACAUUCAGAAAUUAUUACGACAGGCCGAACUACUCCAAAAUCACAAUGUCUCCUUACCGACGGGACGAACAUUACUUCAACCGAGCAAAUUACUCAUAAUCAAAGAAGCGAUCUCGAUUUCAUACGAACCAACAUCGGGAAAUCAACCUUACGCAGAAAAGACAACCUUUUCCUUGAUCAUUCGAGUCAUUCCACUAAUUUCAUUUUCGAUACCUCUACCACUGAUGCAGACGCCACUUAUACUAGCAAAGAAUGUUUUUG